AUGUCGACCGCGGCAAUCCCCGAUGACGUGGAAUACGCAUACAGUGAUGGAAUCCAGAGGUACAUCUUCUCAGCCUUUGCCGGUAUCGUGUGGUACAAUGCCAUCGAACUUAUUGUCGUCUGCUUCGCUACCUUCCGACGAUAUCGGGGAUGCUACUUCUGGAGUCUACUCGUCUCUUCCUUCAGCUUGAUUCCCCACGUGCUGGGAUACAUCUUUUUACUCUUUCCUUUGGGAAUCUCGCCAUGGCUCUCCGUCUCGUUCGUCCUUGUGCCAUGGUGUGGAAUGGUAACGGGGCAAUCGCUGGUGCUCUGGUCGCGGUUGCACCUGGUGCUGCAAUCCCCAAAGGCUCUCCGGGGCGUGCUCUGCAUGAUCAUCAUCAAUGGCAUCGCCUUCCAUACACCUGUAUUCGUGCUUAUGUAUGGCAUUGUCUCGCCAAAGGCCGAUCUGUUUGUCCGCGGUUAUGACAUUAUGGAACGCGUCCAACUGGUCGGAUUCUGCGUCCAGGAACUCGUGCUCUCGGGAAUCUACAUAUACGAAACGGCCAAGCUUCUUCGACUACGUCCUGAACAACGACAUCGACAGAUCCUCGUCCAGUUAUUGGUCAUUAAUAUAUUCAUCCUCAUCCUCGAUGUCGCCGUCGUCGGUACCGAGUACGCAGGCUAUUAUGCAGUGCAGGUCAUGUUCAAACCGGUCGCCUACAGCAUGAAGCUCAAGCUAGAAUACACUAUCCUUGGCAAAUUGGUUGAAAUCGCUCAGGGGGUUACUUCGGAUUCCUGGGCAUCUACGAUCUGCUUCGCCACAUUCCCCUGA